AUGGAGGUGAAGGCGGAAGUUCAUACACGCAUACUUAGGGAUCUUUCCAAUGAAGGGCUGACUGUUGUGGUGCAGGAGGCGGUGUUGAGUAGUAUAGGUGCACUACUUCCGGUUACCCCCUGCUUCACUUCACUUCCUUCCAAGGUGAACGAGGCGGUGCAUGCUCUUUUGUCUCUCACACAGUUGAUGAGUCAAGGUGAUACUUACUUUGAAGCAGCCUUUCAGAGGAGUCGGACUGCCUUGAAAAGACUUGCCGCUGAAUCUCUCGGGGGUGUUGAUGGAUUCGUGCGACGUGAAGAGGUGACGGCAGCCUUAUCAUACAUCAGAUGUUUGGCGCGCUUUCGUGCCCUGUGGGUCUUUUUAUUUGGUGCUGCGUAUUCGCGAUCAUCACAAAAAUUUGCUCCUCCUCAUAUGUUUGCUGUUCGCUGGUCUGAAGUUUUAUGCGAUUCUACUUUGGGCUGGUUUAGUGAAAUUCAGGAAGAGGCGAAGCGGACAUUUGCCUCGAUACAAGGGGGGAACACGUCGCUGUUUGCCUAUUUUUUAUUUGUACUGCAGCAUGCACUCUCCAUUCGCAUGAUAUUAGUGGAGUGCGUCGCGGAAAUGAUGCUAAAUUCUUCUGUGCAUUUUGAUGUUAUGGCCGUCGUGCGUAAUAUGUACAUGGCAUCUGAGGCGUUGAACGAGGUGGCGGAGCUUCAGAGCAUUUGGAGACAAGAGGGAUUAUUGCCAGAUGCACUUCGCGAGAAGUGUCUGUUGUAUCAGUUUUCUAGUGAUAACAUUUGCCACAGUUUGUGGGUUCAUUCUGGAUUGGACCCAGUCCUCUCCCUCACGGAGAAGCGCGCGAGGAUAUUUGUGCUCUGCCCCUUUUUUUGGAUUCUACAGCACCUGGUGUGGGACCUGUAUGGACGCCUAACGCUUUUCUUUCAGAGUUGCUUUAUAGCCAUGCCCUUUGAGGGCCUUUUCCAUUAUCCCUUGAAGGAUGCGGGAGGCGCAGGGGCGGCGAUUUCCGACGAAUUACAACCGGUAGUGGGACGGAAUAUAUCCCAUACGAAUUGCUCAUUCGAGAGGAGGCAAGAAAACCGUGUGGAUUUGGCAGUAAAUUCUGCCGCUACAGAUGUGGUCUCGUUUUUGCGUAGGAGGGUGACAACGUCAGCCUCAAGCGCGUCUUUGGACCCCACGUCCACAGGUUUAAAGUCGCAGUCAAGUUGUGUGUCUCCAUCACGUGGGGAUUCUGUGACACGCUUGGUGGAGAAUGAGUCACUGGAGGCAUAUCAUAAGGAGUUUCUUUUGCCGUUUGAUUUAAAUUUUGCUUGUACCGAGGUUAAUGAAAGCGGGUUCUUGGAUUCCAUUGGUUCUCACAUACUGGCGGAAGCAUUAUGGAACCUCAUCUGUGAGCGGCCCCGUACCACGUUUUUUGUGAUCACUGACUGUACACGACGCCCAGGGGCGCGUGCGUGGCAACGCAAUCGUUGCACUGUCACCACCUGCAUGGAUGAUGCGGCGGGUCGACAAGGUAUGGAACAUUGGGUACUGAACUUUGUGUGUCCCAGCGCUCGACUGUCGGAGAAUGCCAUGAAGCGUGCGCAGCAGGAGUCAAUGCUUCUUUGGGCUGUUGUCUUUCAAGUGGCUGGAUCGCCACAGCGGAGGACGCGGUUUACGAAUGAUGGCUCUGUUUUUUAUGUGGUACGCAGCGAUAAUGAAAUGGAUGGGGGAAGAAUGUACUUUGUUCUCCUGCUGCAACACGGUGUCAGCACCACACAUCCACACGGAGGUGUGAGGGAUAAGAGCGCAAGGGAAGUGUCAGGGGAGGAGUCUCGUUGGGCAUUUCGAUCAUUAGAAGAGGUGUGUGCGGCAUGGAGUAUGCCUCAGCUAUGCAACCUGGCCGUUCGUCUGGCGGUGGGUCUCGCAUGA